AUGAGUGGUCCCGUUGAUUCCGUUUCUAAGCAAAUGAAUGUCGAUACCGACAUCAUUACGUUAACACGUUUUAUAUUACAAGAGCAGCAAACUGUUGCACCAACCGCUACUGGUGAGUUGUCGUUGUUGUUGAAUGCGCUUCAAUUUGCAUUCAAGUUUAUUGCCCAUAAUAUUAGAAGAGCCGAAUUGGUUAAUCUUAUUGGUGUUUCUGGCUCGGCCAACUCUACUGGUGAUGUGCAAAAGAAGUUGGAUGUUAUUGGUGACGAAAUCUUUAUCAAUGCCAUGAGAUCUUCAAACAAUGUCAAGGUUUUGGUUUCGGAAGAGCAGGAAGACCUUAUCGUGUUUCCAGGCGGUGGGACCUAUGCUGUGUGUACUGAUCCAAUUGACGGGUCGUCCAAUAUUGAUGCUGGUGUUUCUGUUGGUACUAUUUUUGGUGUGUACAAAUUGCAAGAGGGUUCUUCAGGUGGGAUCAGUGAUGUUUUGCGUCCUGGUAAGGAAAUGGUUGCUGCUGGGUAUACUAUGUAUGGUGCCUCUGCACAUUUGGCAUUAACUACUGGCCACGGGGUUAAUCUCUUUACGUUGGACACGCAAUUGGGUGAGUUUAUCUUAACUCAUCCUAAUUUGAAAUUGCCCGACCACAAGAAUAUCUAUUCGUUGAAUGAGGGGUACUCGAACAAGUUCCCAGAGUAUGUCCAAGACUAUUUGAAGGAUAUCAAGAAGGAAGGGUAUAGUUUGAGAUACAUUGGGCUGAUGGUUGCUGAUGUCCAUCGUACCCUUUUGUAUGGUGGUAUUUUUGCUUAUCCUACAUUAAAGUUGAGAGUGUUGUAUGAAUGUUUCCCCAUGGCUUUGUUGAUGGAGCAAGCAGGAGGUUCUGCUGUCACCAUCAAGGGUGAGAGAAUCUUGGAUAUCUUGCCAAAGGGUAUACACGACAAGAGUUCGAUUGUGUUGGGAUCGAAAGGUGAAGUUGAAAAGUAUUUGAAGCAUGUACCAAAAUAG